UCCAACACUUCCUUCAACAAGGACCUGGUGAAGGCCGGUACAGGAAGACGUUUCCUCGGUGGUCUCCUUGAUGACUCGUCCUACUGCUACACUCUGGAGGUGUCCUUCUACAGCUACAUGACCGCUGGCAGCACGGCGCCCGUGCCGUACACAGAGGAGACGUACACAAAACUGGGGAGGAAUGUGGCUCGAACCUUCCUGGAUUACUACAAACUCAACAACCACAUCAAGGACAACAGACCAACUCACAUUCAAAGUGCUGAGGGGAUUUCAGCGGACAGGCGACAGUAACAAUAAGGGAAAUCGAGACGCAGAGAGAGAGAAGGAGAUGAGCCAGGGUGUCCGACACUAGACUAAUGGACAGAAGGACACGGACUGAGCAUGAAUAAAACGCAGAGCACCGUAGCAGGAGGAUCCUUCACACUUCAUUGCCUUUAGAAGCUCCACAUCUCCCUGGCUAUAAAGAGUUAUUUUCACAGAUUUGUAACAGUGGGUUGACUGGUACUGCAGGACUAAAAGGGGAACAAGUU